CUGCUGCUAAAAAGGUUAACAGCGGAAGUUUGCUAGCUAGAUUGCUAUGAACGAAUACAAAACGAUGCCAAACUGCUAUCCAUGUUUGUUCAACGCAUUUCAAAAGUCGAUUUUCCGGAUCUGUUUCUAGCUACAUUUGCAGGAGCCAACUGCCACCUCUUUGCUCAAAAUUUGCAGUAAGUAAGCAGUCGGGGAAGGCUAGUCAAGGUAACUACUGUAGAAUUCUUAACUAGACUAACUAGCAAGCUAGACUGGCUGUUAAUCAUGUCUGAGCAUGAGCAUGAAACGCCAGGACUUGCAAUUGAAGAGCAACAUGCUCAAGAAAAUGAAAAAAUAAUUGAUAAAGAAGGGGCAUUAAAUGAAACUUCCGGUCUCAAAACCGAAGAGGAAAACGCUCAAAAGGAAGAAAAAGUGAACAGUUCUGCAGACUCAGUGAAUGAACCAAAUACGAGUGCAGGGUCUCGAGAAAUCAGCAAUGCCACAGAGAAAGAGCAGAGCCACCCUGUCGUAGAGGUGUGCACGUCCACUUUUUUAACCUCUGGUGAGAGCGCAGCCGAAGUAACUGGUCAAGAGGAUUUUCCCGAGGAGAGUGGCGAAGAUGAAGCCAUUGACAAGAAAGCUAAUGCCUCCACUGAUGUUAGAAACUAUACAGCUACGGUAAAGGUUAUGCUGAUGCCAGAAGGCAAUAUGAUGACCAUGGCCUUUGCCAUUGGACUCAGCAUCAAAGACCUGAAGCGUCACUUUGCAAACCAGUUGAAAGUCCCUUCAGAAGUCAUUCAGAUCUCACUGGAAGGCAGAGUAGUAAAGGAGCACAGGAGCCUGAUGGACCUGGGAGUCCAGCCUCAUGGAACCAUCCAGCUGGAGAUGUCCUCCACAGACCCAGAGUACCACCCUAUCCGCCCAGUCAAGCCCCAGCAGGAGUACAACAUGCCUGAUGUCAUCACUGUCAGAGUGCAGACAGACACAACGGAGUACCAGGAUGUGGUGGUGGAGAUUGAGAGAGCCACCCGUAGGACAGCCUUCCUGGGGGGCUACAGGCACAAGGCUGCAGGUACUGAGUACCACCAUGCCGCCGUGCAGACCAUGGCCAGGAGGAAACCUGACACAGGAGUGGAGACCUUCAGUCGGGACACACAGACCAUGUCCACGAGGAGCCAGGGACAGCAGUGCUCCAACAGCACCUCCACCCAGAUGACGAAGAUCGGCUGCUACAUCUCCAACGCCGAGGACAAGCUCGUGGCCCCGGGCCCCUACGUCACAGCAGCCCAGUACCACGCCAGGAGGCUCCAAGCCGUGAUCACCCUGCAGACGUACGCGCGGCGCUGGCAGGCCUGGCGUCUGACAGACAUGCUGCGUCAGGACCGGGAGCUGCGGCUGGCCUGGGUGGAGCGCGAGGAGCGCAGGAAGGCGGAGGAGAAGGUGGAGCAGGUCCGGGGGGAGCACAGGCGCAGGAUGAACCCCCAGAACAAGGCGGAUUUCGCCCUGCUCUACAACGCGCUGGAAAAAUGGCGUCGUGAGGAGGUGGAAGAAAUCGAUGCCACGCUGACGGGAGCAGAGCGGAAGGCCGCGCUGUGCGCCCUGCUGGACAAGGAGACCCAACUCAUCGCAUCCAUCGGACGCCACCGCAUCGCCGCCAGCGAGAAGAACCACGACAAGGCUGUUCAGGCCUUCCUGGACAAGUGUGCUGCCCCUAAAAGAUGGCGGGCGUUCGACGGGAGGAUGACCCAGAUGGACACCCAGUUUACCGUCCGAGCCAAGGAGCUGAGGGACCUGUACACCAGCAUCAACCUGACCUACCUGAACCAGGAAGAGAGACUGGACGCGCUGCUCACUCUCAAGCACACCGUCAAGGAGCACGAGUGUAAGCUGACCAAGGACAUAGUGGAGUUGAUUGACAGGGAGGCAGACCUAUUGAUGAGGGGGGUGAAGGAGACCAACCUGGAGGGCUUGAGGAAGAGAAUAUCCACCCUCGUCCUUCAGUACAUCAAAACCCCGACCUUUAACCCUGAGGUGGCGAAGAUACUGAAGGUACCUCAGGACCCCACCCAGCUCCAGAGGAACAUCUACUUCUGUGGUGGCUGCAGCCGCUACCUGCUGUCCACCGACUUCUCCCUGACGGCCAACGCCCGCUCCGUGGGCCAGUGCCGGCGCUGCAUGGAGCUGGAUAACGAGGCCCGCCGCCGGGAGGACUUCUCCCACUACAGGACCAUCCUCCACAGGCUCCGCAAGGCCGAGGCGCUCGCCAGCGGGGACACGGCCAAGAUCACCUAUCUGCUGCAGGAGCAGGACCUACAGUACCUGGUGGAUGUGGUCUGGGGCGCCAAGUCGGCACUGAGCGCGUGCAGUGACCUCCACGACCUGGUGAUGGUGAGGUGGGACCGUGUGUGGGAGUGGAGUCCCUGGAACUGUGUCCUGCUCGCCAAGGACGAGGCAUCAGCGCACCUCAAAGUGGAGAACCUUGACCAGGCCUACGGAGUGGUUUUCAUUCGCAGUGUCAAACACAAACACACUCUGGCCAAGAAGUAUUUCUCCCAGAUCCCCAUCAUGGCCCAGUACCUCCAGGAUGUCGACUCACAAUCCGCCGCCCACUGCAACCUGCUGGUGGCCAGGCCCAUCGCCACGGUGACGGCUCGGACUCAGAUAAACACCUCGAAGAAGUGGCAGCGUUAAACCAUAGGGAUCUCCCUCACCACUAUCCUUCACUUCUCUCAUUCUCUUCUCCUCUUCUUUCAGAACCAUCCUCUAUUAAAUAACAGAUUUGACUGUUAUGUAAGGGAUUAUUAUUAUUUAAACACAGUAGUGUCGUUUCAAUGAAUGUACUGUAGUAGGUGCCGAUCAACUGCAAUAAUAAUAAUUUAUGAUAAUGGGGCAACAAGUAGGUAAACAGUCAAAUUGAUAAAUCAAAUCAAAUCAAAUUUAUUUGUAUAGCCCUUUUUACACGCAAGCAUGUCACAGAGGGCUUCACAUGCGCCCAUAGAACUGCCCCUCAACCAACCUAAGCAAUAAUUACCCUAAGCAAUUUGAAAGAUUGCGUUUGUGUGUUGGUAGGUGUGUGCUUGGGACUUGUCUAUAUUAUAAAAUGGGUUUGACUUGUUCAAAAUAUAGUGUGAUUAAAUAGUGGAUCAUUAAAACCAUACAAACUUUUCUUUCAAUGCAGCAUGUUUGAUGUAGCUAAAUUUCAGCUCUAAUGACACUCACACAUUUUGCGAUCAAUAGACCAAUAAAAGUAAAAAUACCAUUUCAUUUAUGAUAUAAUUAGCCACCUCUGUACCUUCAUGGAUAAAUAACUGUUGUGCGAUAUUUAUUGCGUGAACUUUGCUAUUAAUACCACAGGUGUCUCAGAGUUCUAAGUUCACGGACGGUGUCUUUUGAAAGAAAGUCUGUCAAAGGGCCUCUUAACACUAUGUUGCCAGCGGUAACAAUGAAUUAGGAUGAUUCAUCUGUCUUAUGUACUUUAAAAGGAUAGGUUUCAGAUGAGCCUAAUCAUCGGAGAAGAGUCUGCUGGCCUCUUAUGUAACAUGCAAAACAUAAAAACAUAAGAUUUCCAGGCAAUUCUGCUGCCUCAGUGGGUUUUCUUAGAAUGUUUAGUUGUCUGUAAAGUCCUAGUUCCAAACAUGAAUGUUAACUAAGCAACAUUUCUUAGUAAAUGUUUUGUACUUUACAAGGUCUCUCAAAAGAAGUAUCACUUAAAGUAUGAAUGAAUGAAAUAAUAGGUUGGCUUUUAUCUUGAAAAAGUACCUUAUUUGUUCAUUGAGGUACAAAUGGAGGUAAAAACACCUGCAUUAUGUAGAAGUGCCAGUUUAAAGACCCACCUCUGCUCAAUUAUCAGAGAUAAUUACUCUUAACUAUUCUUAAUAAUCAUUUUAGGAAUAUUUUUGAGCUGAAAUGUAAAAGAUCAAAGGAUUCUAAUUAGUGUGGCUGGAAUAAGAUAAAUAGCGGUAGUUGGACGAUGAAUAAGUCUGAAAUGUUGCAAUUAAGCAAAAGGGCAAAUGGUUGUUCCCUGCCCUCAUAGCAUGCUGAGAGAUUGUGGGCACCCAAGUUUCAAAGAAAUUGAGUUCUCAAAAAGCUGUAACAAAAAAGGUUAAUUGCUUCCACUUUUAUUCUUUUCUUAGUUUCUUCUCUCAAAUUUCAGCUAAAGCCUUGUUCUCACAUACAACUAGAACAUUUUGCAGAUAUUGUACAACAACAUGGAGAGCACAU